AUGGCGUUCCUCAACGACCUCUUCACCAUUUUUGACCAGCUGGUGGAGAAGCAUCAAGUUUACAAGGUCGAGACCAUCGGAGUCAACGUUGCCAGUCGAAUGGAGUCCACGGGUGUACCUGGUGCCGUACACAUUUCUGCGGCCACGCGGGCCUUAUUAGGCGCCGCGGCCGACGGGUUUCUUUCCACGGGGGAAAUUCCCGUCAAGGGCAAGGGGUUCAUGCUCACCGCUCUCAAACAGUCUCCCGAACUGGAUCAGGUCCAGGCCAUGGAGCUGGAUACCCUCACCCCGGAGAUGCCGCUGCUGCUCAAGGAGAUGGGCAUGAACUACGACCCCGACCGGCUGCCGGACGCCCACUGCAGCCUGUGUCCCUGCAGCCCCACUUUGCACCAUCACAGCUCUCACCCUAUCCGGGAGGCCCUCCACCUUCUCCACCAUACCGAAGCGCGCCCAGAAAAGUGCAUGCAUGGCCACUGCAAAUGA